AUGCUCGUCAAGCUCUUAGCAUCAGUCAUUCUUUUGGCAACCCAAGCCUUCACUGCAAAUGUAUCUGCAUCUUAUCACUACGAAUUAGGGCUAAAUAGCACUGCAUACCAACAACAGUUUGACGAGCUCCUCCAACACGGAUACCGUCUCACUUACAUUAGUGCCUACUCCGAUGAGCACAACCAAACCCUCUUCUCGGGGGUAUGGAAAAAGACGAGUACAUCUGUACCCUGGACUGCUCGACAUGGCCUCACUGGUUCUCAAUAUGACACCCUUUCCACCCAGCUGAAAGGUCAAAACUACCACCCGGUCGUUCUCAACGCGUACAACCUCCCAAAUGGCGAGCCGCGGUUCGCAACGAUCUGGGAGAAAGCAUCGGUCGGCACUUGGGAACAACAACGGGACAUGACAGAAGCCCAGCUCAAGGCCAAAGUGUCUUCACUGGGUCAGCUCCGGAUUACCAUCCUGACCCGCUAUGUCGUGGGAAAUCAAGUCCGCUUCGCCGCGACGUGGGGAAAACGCACGGCUACUGACUGGCAUGGUGAUUGGUUCUAUUCCCUUGGAAAAACUAGCUUUGAUACCGGCUCGGCGUCCGAUGGAUAUAAGGCAAUCUCUAUGAAUGCGUACUCUGUGAAUGGAGAUCCUAUCUUCGAUGUUGUCUGGCAGAGAGUGAGCUCUGGUGGUUGGGACGCACCUGUAAUGUCAUAUCAAACCUCGGGCGUGGACAAGGAUACGUACGGGAGGACGUACAAGGGAUACGUUGGAACUGGAUUUGGCCCUCGAGUGUUGACUGGUUAUUAUCUUGAAGGUUGUGGUAUCCAGUAUGCUGCGACCUUCGAAAAGGAUUCCUGA